AUGCAAAAUACGAAAGGAGAAUGGCAGAAAGUAAUUACAAGGCUACACAAUCGCAAGAACUUUGCCAACUAUGACCUUGCCACGCAGGCUAUCCGGAAGCUGGGCUACCCGGACUUCUACAAAAACGCUACAAUUGUCGACGCAUACUCUGGGGCCGGCGUUUUUUCAGCAGCUCUUCAUAAUGAGCUAAACCCAAGCACGCACAUCAUCUUAGAACCAUUGAAGGGCUACUACAAAUUUUUAAAGAUCUUGGAGAGGCCGAAUGUUUUUGUUGAAGACCUCGAUCCGUUUCGCUGGGGCUCGUUUGGUACUCUUCGAGAACAGGGCAAGUUGGCCCCUGAAGAGCAGCCAUACAGUCAGGUUCACAACAAAUUGCUCUUUGUAGCAAACCUGUCGCACCCGCAAGGUGAGCAGCUCACUGCACAGUACCUCAAUUGUAUCUCGAAUAGAUCAUGGCUCGAGAAGUACGGAAGGGUUCGUCUGCUACUGUGGAUGCGGGCCAAAGUUGCAGAAAAGCUAGUUGCCAAUGCCGGAGAACUUGGCCGACACAGAAUGGCCGUACAAAGAGACUCGUGCUGCGAUGUGCGGGUUGUUUUCCACGAGCCCUUUUCCUCAAAGGCCAACUCAGGAGCCCAGGGGUAUCCUGCUUUAUUGAAAACUCCAUUGUGUGAAUACGACUACAAACGUGAUGUCAAGGCCCAGUCUCACUCGCCCUUGUCUCUGAUCGAGCUCACCCCUAAAGAGCAGGAGGUCGAGAAUCUUGAUGAGUUUGAGUAUGUGAAUAAAAUGCUCUUCAUUUCGCGAUCCACACCCCUAAGAGCGAGUCUGAACACCCUUGGACCAGGAGGAAGCGACGACCUGGCAGAGCCCUUGAAAGAUCUGCUAGACAAAGUGCCCACUGAUCUGACGAUCCCGGAACUUGAACGGAUUGUAAAGGCAUUCGUGAACUGGCCAUUUAGACCGGACUUUCUGCACAACUUCUACGAGGAGGCGUUAAUGGGUCGUGGCUCCAACGAAGACAAGCAUUUCUAA